AUGGAUUUCAGUCUGAACGAAGAAAUCAAUGGGGUUCGGUUCUCCUGGAACGUAUUUCCACCUACCAAGGCUGAUGCCAGUAUGAAUGUUGUCCCAGUUGGUUGUCUAUAUACACCAUUGGCUGAGUACGAGAAUUUACCAAUCGCUGAUUAUAACCCUGUUAUGUGUUCUGGUAACCACUGUAGAUCUAUUUUGAAUCCUUACUGUCAAAUCGACAUGGGUACCAAAGCGUGGAUUUGUAACAUUUGUUACUCAAGAAAUGCCCUUCCAGUACACUACAGUAACUUAUCUCCAGACACUAAACCAAUGGAGUUACAAUAUACCACUAUGGAAUAUAUCACCAACAAGCCAGUCAAUGUACCACCUAUUUUCUUUUUUGUCAUUGAUAUUACUGCUGAACAAGAAAAUUUAGAUGCUUUAAAACAAUCUAUCAUUACCUCCUUGACUCUACUACCACCAAAUGCCUUAAUUGGGUUAAUAACUUAUGGUAACGUUGUUCAAUUACAUGAUUUAUCAAGUGAAACUAUUGACAGAUGUAACGUCUUUAGAGGUGACAGAGAAUAUCAAUUUGAACAAUUAGUCGAGAUGUUAACUGGCCAAAGAGCUGGAAAUGCUUCUCUACAAGGUAACAACAUGAAGAUCACUCCAACUUCUCUAAAUAGAUUCUUCUUACCUUUAGAAAACAUUGAGUUCAAAUUAAAUCAACUGUUAGAAAAUUUAACACCAGAUCAAUGGUCCAUCCCAGCAGGUCAUAGACCAACUAGAGCCACAGGUUCUGCUUUGAACAUUGCUUCCUUAUUGUUACAAGGUUGUUACAAAAAUACAGCUGCUAGAGUCAUCUUAUUUGCAUCUGGUCCAGGUACCAUUGCACCAGGUAUGAUUGUCAGUACCGAGUUAAAGGAUCCAUUAAGAUCCCAUAACGAUAUUGAUUCCGACCGUGCAGUACAUUACAAGAAGGCAUCUAAGUUCUACAACCAAAUUGCUACCAGAGUUGCGGAUAAUGGACAUACUGUCGAUAUCUUCGCUGGUUGUUACGAUCAAGUUGGUAUGUCUGAAAUGCAACAAUUAACUGACUCUACAGGUGGUGUUCUAUUAUUGACUGAUGCAUUCUCUACUGCUAUCUUUAAACAAUCUUAUAUUAGAUUAUUCUCUACCGAUGAAGAUGGAUUCUUAAGAAUGGCCUUUAAUGGUGUCAUGGCUGUAAAGACCAGUAAGAAUGUUAAAAUCCAAGGUCUAAUUGGUCACGCAACAGCCAUGAAGAAGGCUGAUGCUACCAAUGUUAGUGAAACCGAAAUUGGUAUUGGUGGUACAUCUACUUGGAAGAUGGCUUCUUUAUCUCCAAACCAUACAUACGCUAUUUACUAUGAUUUCCCUACCACAGCUACCAAUCCUCCUCCAGGAUCAGGUCAAGCUGCUACUGCCUACACUCAAUUUAUUACAACUUAUCAACAUUCCUCUGGUACAAACCGUGUCAGAGUUACUACUGUCGGUAAUAUUGUUAUGGGUAAUGGAAACCAAGAUUAUGCUAACUCAUUUGACCAAGAAGCUGCAGCUGUAUUGAUGGCAAGAAUUGCAGUUUCCAAGGCCGAAGCUGACGAUGGUGCUGAUGUUAUCAGAUGGAUUGACAGAACAUUAAUCAAAUUAUGUCAAAGAUACGCUAAUUAUGAUAAGGACUUACCAGAAUCAUUUACUUUGGUUGAGAGUUUCAAGCUAUAUCCACAAUUUACUUAUUACUUGAGAAGAUCUCAAUUUUUAAGUGUCUUCAAUAAUUCCCCUGAUGAAACUGCCUUCUAUAGACACAUUUUCACCAGAGAAGAUACUACAAAUUCUUUGAUUAUGAUUCAACCAACUUUAACAUCAUUCUCAAUGGAAGAGGACCCACAUGCAGUUCUAUUGGAUUCCAUUUCUGUGCAACCAAAUACUAUCCUGUUAUUAGAUACAUUCUUCUUUAUUUUGAUUUACCAUGGUGAACAAAUUGCUCAAUGGAGAAAAGCUGGUUACCAAGAUAAUCCAGAUUAUGCUGCUUUCAAGAGUCUAUUGGAAGAACCAAAGGUUGAAGCUGCUGAAUUGUUAGUCGAUAGAUUCCCAUUACCAAGAUUCAUUGACACUGAACAUGGUGGUUCCCAAGCUAGAUUCUUAUUAUCUAAGUUGAACCCAUCUGAUAGUUAUCAAAACGCAAAUGCUGCUAGAGGUACUAUUGUUCUAACUGAUGAUAUCUCCUUACAAAGCUUCAUGCAACAUCUAAGACAAGUUACUGUUGGUAUCCAAAACUAG